GGUUUGGAACAUUGGAUUUCUUUUCUCCUGGUUUAACAUGCCCUGGCGAUUCUCUUCGCUUGGGCCGCGCUUCCAGUUGUGGUUGCGAGAUUACGACCGCCUCCAAUGGCAUGCGAUUCUUCUCUUAUAUGUUCAGAUUGGUUGCUCGAUGGUUGGAUCAUUGGGAGCAUUGUUCAAUGGUAUCCUAUUGGUGAACAUGGCGGUGGCACUCUUUGUCCUCGUAGCUAUAGCGUGUAGCAGCCAAAUGCUAGCGAGGACUUAUGCCGUGCUACUUACCUGUAUGAUUUUUCUUGAUGGUGCUUGGUUUGUGUUCUUCUCUGGCAAAAUAUGGAACUUUACUUGUAAUGAGAACUAUGGUCCAUUCUUUCUUUUCUCACUGAGACUUGCCUUCUCAAUGCAAAUUAUUGGUUUUUCAGUCAGGCUUUUAUCCUCAGUAUUGUGGAUCCAGAUGUAUAGAUUGGGGCCAGUAAUUUGGAGCCGUGUACCCGAUCAUGAACCAUUUUAUAGGAGGAGUUUGUCAAGUCCAUCAACUGAGGAUAUGACUAGACAAAGAUCUAUGUCUGGCAAUAUCUUCGUCAGUAAUCUUUGCAUUGCAACUCCUCAUGCACCGCCAUUCGAAGAUGCUCAAGAUAAAGGACAUGCUUCUGAGGUGGAACCAGUUAGGGUUGAGAAUCUUUCUGGAAUGCCACAGUCAGGCUUGAGAGGCAGUAGCUGGUGAGCAACUGGGUUGCUUAAUUUGGCAUGGCUGUAAUGGAUGUAGGUGGUCAAUUUCCACAAUAAUUUAUGUGAAUGAGGUGAGAAACAGAGCAAUUUUUGCAUUGGUGGUUUUUGAUCAGCUUCAGAAUCUUCACGGUUUGCGCCGUUUAAUAGCAGACUUUUUCUUUUUGGGCCACCAGCAAGGUGCUACCUUUCAUUUGUCCAGUGCUUAAGAUUUUAUUGACAAAUUAUACCCGAAAUUUCUAUCAUAUUCUUUUAACUUUUUUUGAAAAGGAUGCAUUGUGAAACAGACAUUAUUAUUUGAUUCUUUACUUCAAAGUGUAGUAUGGU